AAGUUACACUCCAAGAGGGCGGAGCAAUAGGUAUGAUAUUGCCAUUAUCAAUUUACAUUUACUUAUCCAUUAAUCUUUUACUUACUGAUGAGAACGAGUGAGAAAGAUUGUGAAGAGACUAGAGGGAAGAGCAAAAAUAUUUUUUGAACUGCUAGCAGAUUGACUUUCUGUAUUUGAAAAAUGACACGCUCCUUGCACCAGUUCUUCAGAGACUACAUCGCAAAAUGGCACAUUUACAAAAACCGCCUGGUAGCCAAAGACGGACACUGCAACAUUGAAUAUGGCAACGUGGGAUACAGCAGUCGUUUCGCGUAUGUGCAGGACCUCUGGACCACCUUCGUGGAGAUCCGCUGGCGUUACGUUAUUUUCUUAUUUGUGGCCUCCUUCACUCUUAGCUGGUUCAUUUUUGGACUUAUUUGGUACUGGAUUGCUCAUGAUAAUGGUGAUCUUUGGUGGCAAAAUCCACCUUCAGACCAUAAGCCAUGCGUAUUUAAUGUUUUUGGCCUCACAUCUGCCUUCCUCUACUCACUGGAAACACAGGCGACUAUUGGUUACGGUCUGCGAGUGCUCAGUCCAUACUGCCCUGGUGCUGUCUCAGUAGUUAUUAUCCAGUCCAUCAUUGGUACACUUAUUAACUGCUUCUGGUGUGGACUUGUUAUGGCUAAAGUCGCUUUACCCAAGAAAAGAGCCAAGACUAUUACCUUCAGCAAAAUGGCAGUCAUUUGUCCCAAAAAUGCUGCCCUUUGUUUGCAGAUAAGAGUGGCCAACUUACGUAAAACCUUAAUGAUUGGAAGUCAACUCUAUGGCAAACUGCUUAGGACAACAGUAAAUCCAGAGGGUGAGACCAUCAUCCUGGACCAGGUCAAUAUUGAUUUUAUGGUCGAUGCUGGAAAAGACAACCUCUUCUUCAUUUGUCCAUUGACCUUGUAUCAUGUAAUCGACAAGGCGAGUCCAUUAUUUAAGAUCACUUCUGACACGAUGCUUCAGCAGGAGUUUGAAUUGGUGGUGUUUCUAGAUGGCACAGAUGAGUCCACCAGCUCCUCUUGCCAAGUCAGGACGUCCUACAUCCCUCAGGAAAUUAGGUGGGGAUACAAGUUCCUCCCCAUCAUCUCCCGCAGUAAAGAAGGAAAAUAUCGUGUGGACUUCUCUAAUUUUGACAAAGUGGAACCAGUUCCAACGGCACACUGCGCUCACUGCUUCUACAAUGGACCAUGCCAUCAUAACAAUCCCAGAAAUGGCACUGAUAACCAGGGUUUUGAAGUGAUUGAAAUAAUUGAUCAAAUCAAUGCUAAGGAAAUGUAAGAUGUUCACCAUAUGGCAUAUUUACUCUAUCUAUUAUGCUUUACAGCAAACAAAUGCAUAACAAAAACCUGUAUAAUAAAAAUAAGCAUUACUUAAAUAAAUUCCUUAGGUUUUAACAGAUCAAAACAAUCAACAUUAUAAAAGUAUUAAACUUAAUGACAAUAUUUAAUCCAUGAUCUAUGAUCAAUUCUGACUCUUAGCUUAAUAUAAUGAAACAAAACCUGUGCAAUGAAAUAUAACAAAAUUUAACAUGGCUAGUUUUACUGGUGGGUCUUUUCUUAUGUUGCUGUUACCUUGUGUUAUCAGAGUCACAAAGCUCUUUGUAUCCCUAUAUGAGCAUUGGAAACUUAUGUCCUGAUUUCUUUAAACUGAAAUGAGUCAAUAUUUUCAAGCGGUACCUUACAUUAGUUACUUACACUUUGACUAAAAUAAUAUAUAAUGUCAGCCAAUUAACAAAUGGUUGCUCAGUCAGUCAUGACUCAAGUUCCAAUAUCUUUUCCUGACAGCAAUAAAUUCAAUACACCUGCAAAAAUGUUGUGUCUACAAUCUAGCAUUCUAUAUAUUUUUACUCUAUUCGCCACUUUGAGCUGUAAUCAAGCAAGCACACUCAUGUCCUGUUAUAUGGGUGGAUGAGAAGUGGACCCACUGAAUUUUUAUUUUUGGUUCUCCAGUUCCCUUCCAUCACUUAUCUGCCUUGUUCCUUGUGAUAUUAUACAUCUAUCAAUCUCUUCUGUUUGCUGUUGAUUGUUAAUACUAUCCCUCUCUCUACUUUUAUCUAUAUAGAAAAUUGUCUGUAAAUAUAGACAUAGAAUGGAUUUAUAGAUUUAGAAUGGUUAAUGGUGCACUCCAAAAAUAGAGACUAGAUAAUAAUUUUAGGUGUGUUAUCUGUUUAAAGAAAAUAUUUGAUGUGGGUUUGUUUGUUUGUUUGUUUGUUUGUUUUUAUCUAAUGAUGGGCAUUUAAUGAAUAAAUAGAAAAAACUGUAAAAUCUAUACAUUUAUAAAAUUCUAACAAUGACUCAGUAAAUGUUUUGUUUUUGUUUGUUUUUAUUUUGUUUAGUUUUUUGUUGCUGUGGUUUUUGUUGUUGGUUGAUUUUUUGUUUGUUUGUUUGUUUGUUUGUUUGUCUGUUUUCUUUAAAUAAAAUUAUUAUGGCUACAUUCGUAGACAUUACAGAGCUGUAAAAUCUAUAAAUCUAUAAAAUUCCACCAAUGACUCAAUAAUUGUUUUGUUUUGUUUUGAUUUGUUUGUUAUUGUGGUUGUUGUUUGUUUGUUUGUUUGUUUGUUUUCUUUAAAUGGAAUUUUUACAGCAACAUUCCUAGACAUUCUGCCUUUGGAUAAAUAUCUUUAUGUUCUUUUCUGUAAUAUCAAAAUAUUUGUAAAAUGUAACAAUUAAAAAAACAUAAAUGUCUUUAGUAUUUAAGAUAUGACCUAAAUAUAUUUAUUUUAAUGCUAGUAAUUUAUGAGCCAAAACAAACAAACCAAAGCUGUGUAAAUGAAGUAAAAAUGAUCUGAAUUGACAUGAA